AACCACUUCCCUCUCCGAUCCGCUCGAUCGAGAGUAGAGUCCGGAGAGAACAGGAAGGAGAGAUGUUCAUCGAGAAGUUCAAGGUGGAAAGCCCCAACGUGAGGUAUGGGGAGGACGAGAUCGAGUCGGUGUACCACUACGAGACCACCGAGCUGGUGCACGAGUGCCGCGACGGAGUCUACCAGUGGAUCGUCAAGCCCAAGACCGUCCGUUACAACUUCAAGACCCGCACCCGCGUCCCCAAGCUCGGUGUGAUGCUUGUGGGAUGGGGUGGCAACAAUGGAUCUACCCUGACAGCCGGUGUUAUUGCCAACAGAGAGGGGAUCUCAUGGGUGACGAAGGACAAGGUGCAGCAGGCCAACUAUUUUGGAUCCCUGACCCAAGCCUCUACCAUUAGGGUUGGAUCUUUCAAUGGGGAGGAGAUCUAUGCCCCCUUCAAGAGCUUGCUUCCCAUGGUUAAUCCAGAUGAUAUAGUGUUUGGAGGAUGGGAUAUUAGCAACAUGAACCUGGCAGAUGCCAUGGCUAGGGCCAAGGUCCUCGACAUUGACCUGCAGAAGCAGCUCAGGCCCUACAUGGAAUCCAUGGUCCCCUUGCCCGGGAUCUUCGAUCCUGACUUCGUUGCUGCUAACCAGGGCACCCGCUCAAACAAUGCGAUCAAAGGCACCAAGAAGGAGCAGGUCCAACAGAUCAUCAAGGACAUAAGGGAGUUUAAGGAGAAGACAGAGGUGGACAAGGUAAUUGUGCUAUGGACUGCUAACACAGAGAGGUACAGUGACGUGAUCGUGGGUCUCAAUGACACUAUGGAGAAUCUAAUGGCUUCAGUCGAGAAGAAUGAAGCUGAAAUUUCUCCGUCCACGUUGUAUGGAAUAGCUUGUGUGCUGGAGAAUGUCCCUUUCAUCAAUGGGAGCCCACAGAAUACCUUCGUGCCAGGACUGAUUGAUCUGUCCAUUCAGAGGAACAGUCUCAUAGGGGGCGAUGACUUUAAGAGUGGGCAGACAAAAAUGAAGUCUGUCUUGGUAGAUUUUCUGGUAGGAGCAGGAAUUAAGCCAACCUCUAUUGUCAGCUACAACCAUCUGGGCAACAAUGAUGGGCUGAACCUCUCUGCACCUCAAACUUUCCGAUCAAAGGAGAUCUCAAAGAGCAAUGUUGUCGAUGACAUGGUCUCAAGUAAUGGCAUCCUCUAUGAGCCCGGGGAGCACCCUGACCAUGUUAUUGUUAUCAAGUAUGUACCAUAUGUUGGUGACAGCAAGAGGGCUAUGGACGAAUACACAUCAGAGAUAUUCAUGGGGGGAAAGAGUACUAUCGUUCUUCACAAUACCUGUGAGGACUCCCUGUUGGCUGCACCUAUCAUAUUGGACUUGGUAUUGUUGGCUGAGCUCAGCACUAGGAUUCAGCUUAAAGCUGAGGAAGAGGACAAGUUCCACUCCUUCCAUCCAGUGGCUACAAUCCUAAGUUACCUCACCAAAGCUCCACUUGUUCCUUCGGGCACACCAGUGGUGAAUGCCCUCGCCAAGCAGAGGGCCAUGCUGGAGAACAUACUCAGGGCUUGCAUUGGCUUAUCUCCCGAGAACAACAUGAAUCUGGAGUACAAGUGACAUCACGCAAAAGAAAAAACACGAGGGUGGAUGUUGAGAGAUGAGUUUCUUCAACUUGUUCCGUUCAUGUUUAUCCCUCUUCAACUUGUCGCCUCCUGUAGUUGAACCUAACUCCAUGUUUCUCUCUUGACAUUGUUCUGGUAUUUCUUCUGAUCGACUCUAGUUUAUAAUAAUUGCUUUUUGUCCCCGUGUUCUUGAUUUA